CAGUAGGAUCAGCCGGAGCCGGAGCAGUAGCAGCAGCAUUGAGUACGGGCGCUACCGUUACGGUCACACGGAGCCCGCGGUAGAAGCAGCCGGAGCAGCGGGACAUGCAGCAGGGAUAGGCCGCGGCCUGGCGGGCGGGGAGGGCGGCGUAAGACGAGCAGGGCCUACCCUCCCCGGAGCACCGGCGGACAUGUCUGGGCGGAUAGAGAAGGCGGACAGCCAGCGCUCUCACCUUUCAUCCUUCACCAUGAAGCUGAAGGACAAGUUCCACUCUCCUAAAAUCAAGCGCACACCAUCAAAGAAAGGCAAGCCAGCUGAACUGACAGUCAAAACCGAGGAAAAACAGGUCAACAAAACUCUGAGCCGCCUGGAGGAGCAGGAAAAGGAAGUAGUGAACGCCCUGAAAUACUUUAAAACGAUUGUGGACAAGAUGGCUGUAGACAAGAUGGUGCUGGAGAUGCUGCCAGGGUCUGCAAGCAAAGUGUUGGAAGCCAUCCUCCCCUUGGUGCACCCAGAUGCCCAUUCUCAGCAAAGCACAGCGAUUUCCUCGUGCUACAGCCGCGUCUACCAAUCCUUGGCCAAUCUCAUCCGCUGGUCUGACAAGGUGAUGCUGGAGGGGGUAAACUGUGAGGAUAAAGAGGUGGUGGCUACGGUCAAGGCUGUCAUAAAGGCUGUGCUGGAUGGUGUGAAGGAACUGGUGCGUCUGAUGAUUGAGAAGCAGGAACACCCAUCCCCCACUUCACCAGUGAAACCCACUUUACCAGCAUGCAACUCAGACAGCACCACGGAGCUGCCCCUGUCAGAUCGUGAAUUGGAGAUCCUCAGCAGGACACCGGAGCCCGCGUGCAGAGAUGCACAGACAGAUUGUCUUGAGACAGAGGAACCGGCUCCACCAAAACCUCCCCUUCCUGGUAUCCGCGUAAUGGAAAUCAGCCCACCCCCAGCAUUACCACCAAAGAAACGACAAUCUGCACCUUCCCCCACACGAGUGGCAGUAGUGGCACCAAUGAGCCGAGCCACCAGUGGAUCCAGCUUACCUAUUGGCAUCAGCAGCCAGGAUUUUGAUGUUGAUCGCUACCCGCUUCGGAGGCUGUCUGGAGGAAGCCAGUCCUAUGGCGGAGAGUCCCCACGUCUGUCACCUUGCAGCAGCAUAGGCAAACUCAGCAAGUCUGAGGAACAGCUCUCCUCUUUGGAUAGAGACAGUGGUCAGGGAUCCCGAAACACCAGCUGCGAGACUUUGGAUAAUUACGACCCAGAUUAUGAGUUCCUUCAGCAGGACCUGUCGAGUGCAGACCAGGUUCUCGGCCCAGCGACUGGAAUCCUAAGCCCUCUCCCAGAAUCCCUUGGGGAGUCCUGUUCCCCCUUCCAAGGACAGAGUUUCCAGCUGCCUCCCCACAGCUCUCCACACCAAGAUCCUUUACACCCCACAGCUGUAGAAACUCCUCCUGCCCUUCCUGAAAAAAAGCGCAGGAGUGCUGCCUCUCAGCCCUCAGACUGUCCACUUAGCACACGCAUGUGUUAUGAACGUCACCCCUCACAGUAUGACAAUAUUUCUGAGGAUGAUGUACAGCCUAUGGCUGUCUCCUCUACGCCCUUUGCCACAGUUUUACCUUUCCAGCAAGGUAGCAGUGGUCAGGUGCAGUUUGUGGCUGACUUUGCAGCAGUGGAUUGCGAUGGUGUAUCUGAAAUGCCACCCCCUUUGCCUGAGAAGAAAAACAAGCAUAUGAUGACGUACAUGCGCUUUGUGGAAGAUUACUCGGAGCCACAACCGUCCGUUUUCUAUCAGACGCCCCAAAAUGAGCACAUCUACCAGCAGAAGAACAAGCACCUACGAGAAGUAUACGGUUUUAACGACUCCUUCAGUAGCCUCGAUUCCGGGCAUGAGUCCAUUCCGCCUCCUGCGCUGCCCCCAAAGCAGAGACAGUUGCAGGCUCCCUUUGCUGCCUCUUCUUUUUCUCUCUCGUACUGUGCCCAGCCAGCCAAAGGGGUCUUCCAUGCCGAGGACACCAGCCAUCCUCAGGGCGUCAGUCUGUCCGUCUCUAACUGCUUUCUGAGCCGCCACGGCUCCUUUCCUGUGCCUUCGGAGUCACCUGUAUUAAAUGAUACACUCCAGACUAACUCUGUAUCGCCAUCUUGUGUCCAAGGAAUAGAGACUCUAGAAGCGACAGACAGACCACCCAAGUCACCUGAUGACCUAGAGGAAGAGGAAAACGAGGAGACAGAUGAACUUUCGCUGGUUGAUCACAAUGAGAUAAUGGCCAAGCUGACACUUAAGCAAGAGGGGGAUGAUGGCCCUGACGUAAGAGGGGGCUCUGGGGACAUCUUGUUGGUCCAUGCCACAGAGACAGAUCGGAAAGAUCUGGUUUUGUAUUGUGAAGCUUUCUUGACUACCUACAGAACCUUUAUUUCUCCAGAAGAGCUGAUCCAGAAGCUCCAGUACAGAUAUGAGCGGUUCUGUCACUUCCAGGACACCUUUAAGCAGCGUGUGAGCAAGAAUACCUUCUUUGUGCUGGUGAGAGUGGUGGAUGAAUUAUGUUUAGUGGAACUGACAGAUGAGAUCUUGAAGUUGCUAAUGGAGCUGGUGUUUCGACUGGUGUGUAAAGGGGAUCUCAGCCUGGCACGAGUCCUGCGCAAAAACAUCCUAGAAAAGGUGGAAAACAAGAGGAUGCUCAGCCAUGCCAAUUCUGCCAUGAAACCUCUUGCAGCAAGGGGAGUGGCAGCCAGGCCGGGCACACUCCAUGACUUCCACAGUCAUGAAAUUGCAGAGCAGCUCACUCUGUUGGAUGCUGAACUCUUCUACAAAAUAGAGAUACCAGAGGUUCUGCUUUGGGCAAAAGAGCAAAAUGAGGAGAAGAGCCCAAACCUCACUCAGUUCACUGAGCACUUUAACAACAUGUCAUACUGGGUCCGAUCGAUCAUUAUGCUUCAGGAAAAAGCACAAGAUCGGGAGAGGCUGCUGCUUAAAUUCAUAAAGAUCAUGAAGCACCUGAGGAAGCUAAACAAUUUCAACUCGUACCUUGCCAUCUUGUCUGCUCUGGAUUCUGCACCCAUCCGCAGACUGGAGUGGCAGAAACAGACCUCGGAGGGCCUUGCAGAGUACUGCACACUGAUUGAUAGUUCGUCAUCUUUCCGAGCCUACAGGGCUGCUCUAUCAGAAGUGGAGCCCCCUUGUAUACCUUACUUGUAAGUGCCCUCCUCUUGUCUGUGUGUGUAUACGGCACAAUGUAUAAGUACCAA